AUGUCCGAGAUUGAAUCGACAAAAGCAUCUGGCUCCCCUGUUCCAGAAAAGAAGGGCGCUCUCACCACUGCCGUCGACGUGGGCCAAGCAACCUCCGAUCUGGAGAAGAUCAAGCACGCUCAUCAAUUCGACCCAAAUCUGCCUCAGGAGAAACUUGACUUCAUCAACAAGGCAUUGCAUGAUGGCGACGCUGGCGAAAUCAUUGAGGCUGACGCCCUUUUUACCGAAGACUCCCCAUACGAUCAGGUUCGAGCAGCAGUGCGAGCAACAGAUUCCGGAGGAGUUGCUAAUACUCUUCGUGCCUGGGUGUUGGGGAUUUUGUUCGUCACCGUGGGGAGCGGCCUCAACAUGUUCCUGUCUAUGAGGAGUCCAGCCAUAAAUUUUCCAUCCUUGGUAGUCCAACUUCUCGUGUUCCCCAUCGGCUGCUUCUGGGCAAAAGUUGUUCCCACCAGAGUCUUCAACACUUUCGGUGUAAAAUGGACUUUUAACACUGGGCCCUUUACAAUCAAGGAACACGUUGUUAUUACCCUGAUGUCGAACGUUUCCAUUGGCUACGCUUACAGUACCGAUGCCUUGCUUGCGCUUCAAGGAAAGCCAUUCUAUGAUAUCAACCUUGGAUGGGGUUUCCAACUCCUUUUUACGCUGAGUUCCCAGCUCAUUGGCAUUGGCCUGGCAGGUAUUUCCAGGAGAUUUCUCGUUUGGCCGGCUGCAAUGAUAUGGCCCAACCAAUUUAGUAGCACGUCUCUCUUCUUUGCCUUGCACGACAAAAGCAAGAGUGAUGGAUCCGAAGCCAACGGUUGGACCAUCAGCAGAUAUAGAUAUUUCUUCUACGUCCUGAUCGCCAUGUUCUGCUACUAUUGGAUACCAGCUGUCCUAUGGCAGGGACUCUCAGUAUUCGCCUUCAUUACCUGGAUUAAACCCAACAACGUUGUCCUUAAUCAGCUGUUCGGUGGCUAUACUGGUCUGUCUUUGAUCCCAAUCACAUUCGACUGGACAUAUGUCACUGCUUAUUUGGGCGAUCCCCUGCUUGCUCCCGUACAUACUGCCAUUUCUGAACUCACAGGGCUCUUCGUAUUUGUCAUCCUCGCAACAAUCGGCAUCACAUACUCCGGCGCUAUCUACAGCCAAUACCUACCAAUCAAUACAUCUCAAACUUACGACAACACACAGAGCAAGUACAACGUGAGCAGAAUAUUGGGAGACAACUUCACUUUUGAUCUGCAAAAGUAUAAGGAAUACUCGCCACUUUUCCUCCCUCCCACGUUCGCCCUGAAUUACGGGUUAUCCUUCGCCGCAUUGACCGCAGCAUUAGUACACUGCGGCCUGUUCCACGGAAAGGAGAUCUUUUAUCGGCUCAAGGCCGCGAGGAAUCAAGAGCCAGAUAUUCACAUGAAACUGAUGAAAAAGUAUGUGGAUGCCCCUGACUGGUGGUACAUCGUACUCUUCGUGAUCUCGAUGGGACUCGGUCUCGCCACCGCCGAAGGAUACGACUCUCAGUUGCCUUGGUGGGCGUUCUUUGUGGCCAUCAUUCUUGCCGUCGUCUUCAUGAUCCCGUCCACAACAAUCUUGGCCAUAUCGAACCUCGCGUUGGCACUGAAUGUUCUGUCUCCAUUCUUGGCCGGCUUUAUGAUACCGGGACAGCCGAUUGGGGUGAUGAUCUUCAAAGUUUAUAGUGUAAUCGUGCUUGGCCAGGCUCAGACGUAUGCUGGUGAUUUGAAGCUGGGUCACUACAUGAAGAUUCCACCCAGAAUUACCUUCUGGUGUCAAGUGGUGGCGACUAUAUGGGCUACGUUUGUGCAGAUUGCAGUCAUGAACUGGACACUCGGAAAUAUCGAGGGUGUCUGCGAGAUCGAUCAACCCGCCAAGUUCUCCUGCCCCAACGGUCGAGCAUUUUUCUCAUCAUCGAUCGUUUGGGGAGUGAUCGGCCCCUAUAGGAUGUUCGGCACUGGAUCCAUAUACCAGUACUUCAACGUAUUCUGGGUGAUUGGAGCGGUGCUUCCUUGCGUCCUUUACGCUCUUGUCAAAUAUGGCGGACGUCUGAGCUGGAUCGGUCGCACCCUUCACGCACCGGUGAUGCUUGGUGCAAUGGGAUGGUUGCCACCAGCAACGCCACUGUCUUUCUCGACCUGGGGAAUUGUCGCAUUGCUAUUCAACCACGUGAUCAGAAAGCGGUUCCAUGGGUGGUGGCGCCAGUAUAAUUAUGUGACCGCUGCUGCUCUUGAUGCAGGGUUGAUCAUCUCGACCAUCGUCAUCUUCUUUGGCAUUACUUUUCCGGGAGCAACAAUCCCCCAGUGGUGGGGAAAUGUUGGUGUUUACAACAACAUGGACUCGGAGUACACCGCCAUUUUAAAGACAGUUGAUGAUGGGCAGACGUUCGGACCAGCUACUUGGUGA